AUGUCAUCGGGUCGAGUCCCUACAGCUACAAUCUACCAAGCGCGCGAUGCCGCCGAUUUCCAAAUCCACAACUCCGCCGGGGAUACGAUCACGGAGGACCCGAUGCAUCCGGAGCCUCUUGAUAUCGAGCAGUUCAUGAUGGAGAACACUACCAGUUCCACGCCGCAAGCGCAAAACGCCUCGGCAGUCAAUGCCACCCCGCCCCAACUUGAUGUAAUCGGCAACUCGCAAUUUGCAGACUUCUCCUUCUCGUACCAAACCAUGCCGGAAAACGGACUGCAUGUCGACACACCGUUGGACAACCCAUCUGAUCUCUAUAAUCUAUCGGGCCACGGUUCAAAUCGCAACUCGAUCGGCUCGUUGCCUGCCGACCACCGGAACUCCAUUACUUCGACCCCCGGUGUGGCUCGCGCAGGCCUCAGUGGUGGUGGCGCUGUAGGACAAGGGCAAAGUAACAGAAGCGUGAGUGCUGGGUCGGAUGAGGCGAGUCCUUCAAGCAAUCGCGGUAGUGGGGGGUUAGAAAAAGGAUACAGCGAUGAUUUUGGCCUCAACAGCGGCGGAGCGCUCGAUGGAAGUGAUCUAGGCAAUAGGACAAAGGAGGAGAAAAACGAUCCAAACCCACCAUGGAGCGAAUUGAAGACGAAGGCUGGCAAGGAGCGGAAGCGACUGCCAUUGGCAUGCAUAGCAUGCCGCAGAAAGAAGAUUCGGUGCUCGGGGGAGAAACCUGCGUGUAAACAUUGUUUGAGAUCACGGAUUCCAUGUGUUUACAAGGUGACCACGCGGAAGGCCGCCCCUCGUACGGACUACAUGGCAAUGCUCGACAAGAGAUUAAAGAGGAUGGAAGAACGAAUCAUCAAGAUUGUACCAAAGGAGGAGCAGGAUGCUUCUGCAGCAUCAGUCACAAGAGCAACGGUCAAGUCAGCAAUACCUGGUACUGUUCCUACGCGUACUACGCCUACCAAGAAACGUGGUGCUGAUGAAGCUUUUGGUCCAGAGCUAGACGAGUGGUCGAAGCCCGCAGAUUCACAGCUAGAUAUGGGUUCGAGGCCAUCGUCACUCAUGAUCCAAGAGGCGGAGGAGAGCAAACUUCUGUCAGAAGGCGCUGAUGCACUGCCACCCAAGGAAAUUCAAGAGCAUUUAGCAGAAGUCUUUUUCGAGAAUAUAUAUGGCCAAGCAUACCAUGUGCUUCACAAACCAAGCUUUAUGAGGAAGUUGAAGAGUGGCACGGUGCCACCCGUUUUGAUUCUCUCUGUGUGCGCCAUAUCGGCGCGUUUUUCGACACAUCCAAAGCUCAACUCUACCCCCAAUUUUCUGAGAGGCGAAGAAUGGGCCUCGGAGGCGCGAGAUAUACUUAUGAGACGAUACGAGUGGCCCAACAUAACUAUUUUGACAUGCUUGUUGCUUCUUGGUUUGCACGAAUUCGGAACAUGUCAAGGUGGUAGAAGCUGGUCAUUAGGCGGAAUGGCAAUUCGAAUGGCGUACGCUCUUCAACUACACCGAGACCUAGAUUACGAUCCACUUAAACGCAAUGGCACUGCAGAAUUAAGUUUUAUCGACCGCGAAAUCCGACGACGGACGAUGUGGGCUUGCUUCCUUAUGGAUAGAUUCAACUCUUCGGGAACUGAUAGGCCAAGCUUCAUCAAAGAAGACUCGAUCAAGGUCCAACUGCCAAUUAAGGAGAAACUCUUCCAGUUAGAUAUGCCCGGACCAACAGAGGAUUUACGCGGCAAUAUCCCACAUCCUGUUUCCCCAGGCGCCGGGCAGCUCUCUGAUCCAAAGGAGAACAUGGGCGUGGCGGCUUAUAUGAUCCGCUCAAUCGCAUUAUGGGGUCGAAUAAUAAAUUAUCUUAAUCUAGGCGGCAAGGAACAUGAUCAUCAUCUCAUGUGGCACCCAGAAUCUACUUAUGCCGACUUGCUAAACCAGGCGGAAGGGUUCAUCACAACCCAACCCGAGUCUUUACAAUAUACGAAAGAGAACUUGCACGCGCACGAGACAGAAGGACUGGCUAAUCAAUUCUUAUUUCUUCACGUUGCCAUGCAACAAAAUAUACUGUUCAUGAAUCGGUUCGGCGUGCCCGGGCACCCGGGCGGCCGACCUCCGCCAGAUAUGCCAAAAGAAUUUGUCACAAGGGCUGGAGCGAAGGCAUUCAAGGCGGCGAACAGGAUAUCUGAGAUUCUAAGAGAUGCUGAAUCGUACUUCGUCACUGCCCCUUUUGCUGGAUAUUGCGCCUUUCUCUCGAGCACUGUCCACAUCUUUGGAACUUUCUCGAAGAAUGCUGCGAUAGAGGCGUUAUCCAAGAAGAAUCUUGCGACAAACGUCAAGUACCUAUCAAAGAUGAAGAAAUACUGGGGAAUGUUCCAUUUCAUGUCGGAAAAUCUCAAGGACCAAUUUAGGGUUUAUGCAGAUGCAGCCAGACAAGGACCAUCAGCAAACAAGUCGACACCAUCCUCAGGUAUAUUUCAGUACGGAGACUGGUUCGAUCGUUAUCCUCACGGCGUUUCCCAAUCCGAUUUUGAAGACCCAAUUACGGGGAUCAACAAGGAGAAAGGGGACGAUGCGGUGCUCGAGCAAAAGUCCGAUUACCGUACAGUCGAGGAGUUUUUCCACACGCUCUCCCCUCUCCGGCCACAAGAUCGCGAGCUGGUUAAGCCUACGAAGAGGAAGCUUAAGAAGCCGCCACAAACUCGCCCGGUGCAAAUGGAGCCAUUGAAUACGAAUGUUCCAAAUAUGCUUCCAGCUUCCCGCAUGCAAAUGCACAACGCCCACCAAAUGGCUGCAACUUAUAAUCAGAUGAGUCCGACGACACCGGUAAACUUGUACAAUCAAACCCCUUUGUACGGUUCUGAAACCAUGAUGCCACCUCUCCAACAAGGGAGUCUAUCCCAGCUCGACCGCCAACUUGUUUUUGGCGCGUAUGCUGGAAUGGAUCCUUCGUCUCUCAACUCUCACGGCAUGCUCGAUGGUACAGGUUGGGAUAUGCAUAUGGGCGGCAUGCCAGGGUAUAUGACAGAGCCUAGCAGCAGUGCGUGGUUCAUGCCAUUUAACAUGGACCCUCCAGAAAUUGGCCAGGAGGCGGACAUUUUCGCCGCAGGAGCUGGAUAUGGGAUGGGUGGAAUGCCUGUGAACGGCAACAGGAAUAUGGGCGGGUACGAGCCCAGACGUUAA